AUGACGAAGCACGGUAUUCCGCUCAACACACUAAAGCAGUGUCUCGAGUUCCUGCAGUGGUUGCAUAAGGGAGGUGGGAAGCAUAGGCUUCAAGAAGUGUCCCAGACUUUAUAUGAUCGUAUUAAAACCCAUUUUGAUUCCAAAUUUGUUUCAGUGGAAAACGUUGAAAAGGGCUUGCGCCCAUUCCUCUCCGCCGUGUCAAAGUUUUAUGAGAGAUUGUGCUACAAAGCAGAGGCAGGCAAAUAUGUUACUAAAAGCGCAGAGGACAUAUCCAACGCCCUUCUCGACUGCCACCCUAAAUUCUUCGCCGCUAUGUACUUUCUGCAGUACUGUGUGAAUAACACUUUCGGGACGCUGGGCGGUGGUGGAUGGGAAAAGAAUUACCCAGGGUAUGAAAAUAAACCAUGGCUGGGCAGGAAUGAUUGGGGCGGUGACUUGCAAGAAUAUCUCAGAUCCAAAGACCCUAAGGACUACGGUGGCAUAAUUCCUGGAGGCUUCGGAAAAGGCGAGGUGAGAUAUGGUUACUCUGAUACUAAAGGCUAUGCCCAGGGUACUAGAAUGUAUGUGGACCUUGAAGACAUUGUGAGCAAAACAACAUACUACAAUUUCUUCCGCAGCGUCUUUGUCAGUUCCGCUGUUGCGUACUCCGGCGUUAAUAAGGAGAACACCGCGAACGCUCUCUCACUGGUCAGAACCUUUUGCGAUAUUGUGGCAGGAGAAAGUGACCAAGAUAACGGCGGUGAGUUAAUACGGCAAUUAAAUGAAGGCUUAAACAGACAAGUGCAUUCACCAACAAGAAAAUCCAUAUGCUGGAAAGACUUAAAAGACCACUGCGCUAAACUUAUGGAGAAACUCCGUAAACUUUUCAACAAAGAAAAACGCUUCGACUUCACGGGUCAGGCGACAAAACUCUUAGACCUUAAUAAAGAGGAGCUUGCAGGGAAAGCAGCAGAUUGGCUUAGACGAAGUCUAACCACAGUGCGGGGGAAAUUGCAGCAGAUUAGAACAGAUGAAGGUGUCUUGGGACUCCAACAAACGGAUCUUGGAGAAUACUUCACGAAACAUUUCUUCCCCUACGGAUUCAUAUUUAAAGACCAAACCCGCUUUGUAAAGUUGGACAGAGAAGUAAAGCUUUUGAUGAGAGAUUGGCGCACUGUAAUCAAUGACCUUAAGAAACGGACUGGCAGCGAUUUGGAUAGGCUUAGAGAGAUUUUAAGUGGUGACAAAAAAGAACAGUGUAAAGAGCCUCCACCUACAAAGCCUGAGGCCCCGCCUGCCAAGGAUCAUGAAGGAACUCCCAACCAAGGCAAGAAAGCUGAGGGAGCACAGAACCAGGGCAAGAAAGUGGAGGGAGCAGAGAACCAGGGGAAGAAGAGUGAGGGAGCACAGAACCAGGGGGAGAAAUCUGAGGGAGCGCAGAACCAAGGCAAGAAAGUGGAGGGAGCACAGAACCAGGGCAAGAAGGGUGAGGGAGCACAGAACCAGGGCAAGAAAGCGGAGGGGAAUCAAAAUCAGAAUAACGAUCAGAGUAAGUCUUCAGGUUCAGCAAGUGGAAAGUCUGUUGCUCCAGCUACGCCUGACGGUAAGGAUGGAGGGUCAGGCCUGCAAGGGCCUAAAGGUAAUAAGGGUGAUGCAGGCCCGCCGGGGCCUCCUGGUGGUCAAAGUCCGCAAGGGCCCAAAGGUGAUCGAGGGCAGCAAGGGCCUCCUGGUCCACUGACGCCGGAUCAAGGUCAAUCAGUACAACCUCAACCUCCGCCAAUUCCUCCCACUCCCCCGAGUACUCCUACUCUCCCUGCAUCCCCUGGUCCCCCUGGCUCCCCUGGUCAGCCAGGUGUCCAUGAUCCGGCUUCACCGGUCGGUGAUCAUUCAGCUCAACAGCGUCUUGCUGCCCAAGGCACUAUGCAACUUCGAGAUACGGGUGUUGCACGUGCAGAUUCAUUGUCUUCUCCUGUCGUCAUGCAACGCAGCACGCAAAGCACACCAGCAUCUGCACACAGGCAUUCCACUAGUGUUAGGACUAGAGAUAAUUUCGGAGCUGGAGGGCAGGCAGGCAAGGAUGAUAGUUGGUGGGGGGAAAAUGAGUGGAUUUAUAAAGAGGAUGUGAAAGGAAAAUGGAUACGGAAGCAACAAGAGGAUGAGUGGCUGAAAACGCAAGAACAGAAAGAUCUUGAACAGCAAAGAAGAUUGCAGCAGCAUUUGCGCCGUUUCCAGCAGCAUAAAAGCCGUUACACUGCACCCACCCCUAUUACUAUUCCGGAGCCGAUUGAUUUUAGCGUUGACGGCAACGUAGUUUAUUAUGACAGUGACACGGAACUGCAGGGGAAAAGGGACGUGUUUGAUCUGCGUAAUGAGCGAUAUAUGAAUUCACUCCGUGUGGAAACACUACGAAAAAUCGAAGAAAAGCAUAAACUUCAAAAGGAAGCGGCGGGGCGUUAUAAAACGUAUGAGGAACACAAAUACAUUGAAGGCCAGCAGGAUGCUGGCGACGUGUUCACUGGUAUUGUUGAGCCAGACGCCAAAGGCGUGCCUAAUGCGGCGAUUAUCGACAAAUCCGCCUACCUCGGAGUUCCUAGGGGUGAGCCUAUAAAGGCGCCAAAAAUGUUUCCUCCCAUGCCUGACGUUACAGGUGAGCAUAUUCCAGAUCCUAAUUUAAAUACCCGUCUGCCGAUGCAUCCACCAAUCCCCAGGUUGAAACCUAAAAUUGAAUCGGAGAUGAAAAAGCCAUACGAGCCUCCCAUCUCUCACACACAACCAAGGCAUCGCACAUACCAGCCCCAAUUUCAGUAUAUCGAUCCCCCCCGGGCGUCAUGA